AUGACGCCAGCCGUAAAGCUAACCUCCGUCGUGCGUAGGCGCUUGCAAUCCACCUGGAGUCAAUGGCUAUCUGAAGAGACAAUCCAAACUCUAUGCGACCCCUCAAAACUCACAGUAUUCGAUGGCGAUAUCCGCCUGCCAGACAUGGGCCUCCCGAAGGAUACGAUCGACAUAGUGCGAGCACAUGUGGAUGUUAUUAUUCAUGCGGCAUCUUCAACUCAUCUUGCUAAGCAUCUGGCCGGCUUGGUCGAUAUCGUCAUCCUGGCCAGCAACAUGAUCGGAGAGUUUGCUCUCUCAUGUCCAAAGCUUGACCGGUUCGUAUAUGUUUCCACUGCAUACGCAAACGGCCAGCCAAGUUACAUAGGUGAUAUUGAGGUUGAUGAGCGGAUUUAUGACCCGGACAGCUCAGCUAGCGCCCUAGAGGAACUGGCUGAGGUCAAAAGAUACGGCACGAGCAAGGUUUAUGAAGCGAAUGAAUUCCCUUGGCCAUACUCGUACGCCAAGAAUCUCACUGAGCGGCUACUAGUUCAUCGCUUUCAAGACCAUGGGGCGAUGAACCAGUUGCUCAUCGUUCGUCCAUCUAUUAUUGGGCCUUCUCAAAGUGUACCAUAUCCCGGCUUUUGCCUCCCUUUAUCCGCUCCAAUGCUUGUGCUUACGGCUGGGAUGGCAUCGAGCACGUCUGGGGAUGUGCGCAUUGGGACAAGUUUUGCCGACCCUAACUCACAGGCAACCGUAGAUGAAGUCCCUGUUGACGUCGUUGCCGACCGGCUGAUUAGCCACGCUGCUGCCGGUACAGCUGGUGCCAUCCAUGCUGUGAGCGGUAAGAGGGCAAGAUAUAAAACAAGCGACGGGUGGCAUCAAGUAGUGCGAUUCCGGCCGAUCCCCUGGGACCUGAGACUGGUAUGGGAUCCAAAUGGUUGGAAGUCUCCGAAGCAGCAUUAUCUAUCUCGCCUUUACAGAUUACUCGGCACCUCGUAUGCCUUCUCAGAACAACGAACUGUGGAAUUAUCAAAAGCAUUCUCGCCUGAAGAACGAAAGGAACUUCAGCUCUUCACCCGAGUCCAACUUUGCGACCUGCUGCCGAGGCAAGAGCAACACAUUCGCUAUCUUCUCGACCGCACUACCUCUAAACACGCAAAAGUUAGGAUAUCCAAAAGACCGCCCGAGCACAAGCCUGAGGAACAGCAAAGAGUCAGUAAGUUGUGA